AUGGGAACGUUCGUCCCGCGCACAGCUGGCGUCGCGCGGUGGGCUGCGGACGUCCGACCUCGCAUCGGCGCGCGCGAGGCGGCCGCGCGCGCGCCCGAGCGCGUCCUCGCGGUCGCGCUCGCGGCGAGGAGGAUGGGGAAAGGCGAGCUCGCGACGCUCCUGGAGCACUUCGACUUGGAGUUCGCAAAGUGCCUCGACGAGCUCGCGUCCGACGGCGACGACGACGGCCCGUCGUCUUCGUCGUCGUCGCGCGCGCGCGCGAGCGACGACGCGGCCGCGUGGCCGCUGCGGCAGCGCGUCGGGAACCUGUGCUUCUGGCUGUACGAGUCGCUCCCGCGCCACGUCGCGAUCGCGAAGCUGAUACGCGCGGGGGACGCGCUCGUCGCGCGCGGCGAGCACGAGAUCGCGCGCCGGCGAUGCUACCGCGUCGUCGCCGAGUGCGGGCUCCUGGACGCGGACUUCGAGGCGAAGCUCACGCCGACGGAACGCCGCGGUUGCGACCUGACCGUCGCGGACAAGCGACGGACGCACGUCGCGGCGUUGCUGGGCAUCGCGCGGUGCGACCACGCGCUCGGACCGGCGAGGGACGCGUCGUUCGCGCAUCCGCAGACGCUCGCGGAGACGACGCGAUGUUUAGACGCGAUGCGAGACGCGUGCCAGCUGGCGCUCCAGUCCCCGGACGACUCGUACUUUCUCGCGCUCAACGCGACGGUGCUGACGCAGCAGUUCGCGUCCGACGCGAUCACGGCCGGGUUCGGCGCGGACGUCGUGGAGUACCUCAUCUACGCGACGCUCGCGACGGAGUACCACGUUUUGCUCUCGGCACCGAAAUAUCUCCCGUGGCGCGUCGACCUCGUGGGCGAAGUCUGUCGCUGCUACGAGGACUGCGGGAAGAUGGACGAAGCGCGGAAAUUCAUCGCGCGCGCGGAGGCGCAGGUGAAGGAUCUGAAAGACCUAGAGGCGAUGGACCCGGUGCCGCAGACUAAGGAACAGCUGGCGCUCUACGCCGAGGCGGAUCGAAAGUUGCGCGUCCUCGCCGUCGCGUUCGCGGAGGCGCCGAGCGCCGGCGCGAUCGCGUCCGGGGUCGCGCCCGGCGGGAACUUGGUCCGCGAGGACGUCCCCGAAGACGCGGGCGCGAUCGUUCUCGCGAUGCUGCACGACCCGAAGCGCCGGGUGGUGACGCGCGAGCCGCCGGAGCCGGGGUCGCGCGCGGAGGCGGCGACGACGGCGGCGGCGGAGUGGAUCGCGCCGCGCGCGGAGGCGAUGACGACGUGGCUCGAGCACGCGGCGGCGACGCGCGCGGCGGCGGCGGCGAAGGUCGAGAGAGAGCUCGCGGAGGCUGCGGCCGCGGAGGCGGCGGCGCCCGCGGAGGAGGAGGAGGGAGAGAAGAACGGCGAGGGCGCCGCCGCGGCGGACGAACCUGAACCCGAACGCGAACCCGAACGCGAACCCGCCGCCGAGGGCGACGACGCGGAACCCGCGGAACCGCCGCCGGACCCGACGAUCCCGCCGCCGGACCUCGACGACGCCGCGAUCGAGGCGUACGAGCGCGCGAGGAGGGAGCUCCCCGCCGCGCUGCACGCCGCGAUUCUGCGACGCCUCUACGGGUACGAAGCCUGGGAGCCGUACGAGUCGCUCUCGGCCCUCGCGAAGCUGCGAGUCGCGCAGGCUGAGGCGACGGGAGGAGACGACGACGACCAGACCGGGAUGGCCGCGCUCGAGACCGCGGCGAACGUUCUCGCGGCGAUUCGCGUCGUCGAAGUCGGCGUCCCCGAGCCGGAGCCGACGCCCGAGGACGACGCCGCGCCGCCGGCGGAGGGCGACGAUUCGAACGGCGAACCGACGCCGCCGCCGCCGGCGGCGACGACGGACGCGGGCGACGACGACGCAGAUCCGCCGCUGGACGACCCGGAGUGCCAGCUCGCGACGAUCGUGCGCGCGCUGCCGCCUUCCGCGUCCGACUACGGGUUCUCCGACGUCCUCGCCGACGCGGCUUUACUUUUGUACGGGUCGCUCUCGCGAGCGUUCACGGACGACGACGUCGACGGCGUCGACGGCGACGACCCCCAGCGCGACGAACGCCGCGCGGUGCACAUCCUCGAAGGCGUGAAGCGCGCGUUCGACGUCGUGGACUUCGACGACGCGACGACGCGCGUUUCGGCGAGCCUGCGUCUGUGCGUGAUGCUGGAACGCGCGAGCGAGGAGGGCGUCCGCCGAGCCGCGAUCGUCGCCUCCGAGGCGUCGGACGUCGCGGAACGCCACCGCGCGGCCGUCGUGCUUCGCUCGCGCGGCGAAGCGGACGAGUCCACGCGGACCAUCACCGCCGAAGCGGUGUGGAGCGAGACGGAUGGAGACGCGCGGACGCCGAGCGGGAUGAGCGAGACGGAUCGCGCGUUCGCGUGCCUCCACGCCGACGUCGUCGUCGUCAGAACCCGCCUCGCUUUGCACGUCGGGCUCCUCGACCAGCGCGCGCGCGCGGACGCCAAGGUGGACGCGGUGCUCCGAAAGAACGAAAAGCGCGCGAACGAGACGCGCAUCUUCGGCGUCAAGUCGGCGUGGGAUUUGGAGCGCGAACGCGACGCGCUCGAGCGCGCGGAUCGCGUGCCGGCGUACCCUCCGGAGGUGGAGCGGGCGCUGCUCGAGCGCGCGAAUAAGGCGCGUUCUAUACGCUGGUUCCCAUGCGACCGCGUUCGCGUGGUGAACGCCGAUCCUUAA